CCGCCUGGGCCUGCCGUCGCCGAGAGCUCGGCUGCGCCGCGGGGGGGUGCGCCGCCGCCAGGAGCGCUGGCGCCCAGGCGCCCUCCAGCCCGUGAGGGCUUGACGUCGCUGUUGCCCUCGGCGGUCCACGGGCGGCCAAUGGCCGCUGCCGAGGCGCGGCGGGAGGACCCCCGCCUCGAGAGCGCGCUGCGCGACGUGCGCGCGGUGGCCGAGGCGCAGGCGAGGCUGCUGCGGGUGGUCGAGGGCAUCUCCGAGGAGCUCUCGCGCCUGGGCGCCGAGGCGGGCCGCCUCCGCGCUGGCGAGCUGCCCGCGGUGCAGGGUCCGCUGCAGGACCUGCGGCGGGCCUGGCAGCGCGGAGCGGUUGGACCAGGUGUCGGAGCGCCUGGCGCGGCACGAGGCCGCCACCGCGGCGCUGGCGGGGCUCGGUGGGGAGCUGCGCACGCUGCAGGAGACUUUCAUCCAGAACGAGAUCGCCGAGGUGCAGAGGCUCGCCGGCGAGGCCACCUCCGCGCACGAGGCGGACGUCCUGGCGCGCCUCGCGCGCCUCGAGGCCGGGGGCGCCGGGCACGUCUCGCGGCUGGAGGCCCGGGUCCUCGCGCGCCUGGACGGCCUGCAGGAGAGCGGCUGGACGGCCUCGCCGCCCGGCAGGAGCCGCCCGGGAGCCCCGCGUCCCCUCGCAGCGCGGCGACGAGUGCGAGCACGACGCGGCGGGCGGCGGGCGCCCCUGGGCCGCGGCCUGCGAGCGCCACGAGGCGGCCAUCGCGGAGCUGCAGCGUGCCGUGGGCCGCCUGCAGAGCGCGCCCGCCCUGGAGCCCGGCGAGCACUCGGUCCCGACGAGCCGCCCGCAGGCGCUCACCAAGCGCCUGGAGGCGAUGGAGGACCGAGCGGCUGCGGGAGGAGCAGGCCCGCGGCCAGGGGGAGCAGCUCGCCGAGCUGCAGGCCGCCAAGCGGGAGCUGUCCGAGCUGUCGGGGCGGCAGGGCCGCCUGCAGGAGAGCAGCAGCGGGCCCUGGCGCGGCGCCUCGACCGCCUCGAGGACGCGCGCGCGGAGGGCGCCGAGGACUGGACCCGAAGGAGAAGAACGCGGUAGGCCGGGCUGA